CCCCCACUCAGCCGUCCCCAGCCCUCCUAUCACCCUCGACCGUGACUGUCGGUCCCCGAGGAGAGCAGGCGGGUGUCCACAGGCUUGGGGAUGGCAGGUGGCGGGGAGGUGGCCGCUGGAGCUCCCCAGCCCACCUGCAUCAAGGUGCACAUCCGCCAGGAGUCGGCUCUGGCCAAGCUGCUGCUGAGCGGCUGCAGCCCCGCGUGCCCCCGCCCCACGGCCUCCCGGGCCCUGGGCCGCCGCCGGCUGCUGGUGGCCUCCUGGGCGGUGCAGAUCGUGCUGGGCGUGUUGAGUGGGGUCCUGGGAGGAGUCCUCUUCAUCUUCUACUACACCACGCUGCCUGGAUCGGGAGCUCCCAUCUGGACAGGGGCGGUGGCUGUGCUGGCUGGUGCUGUCGCCUUCAUUUAUGAGAAACGAGGUGGCACCUACUGGGCCCUGCUGAGGACCCUGCUCGCCCUGGCAGCUUUCUCCACGGCCACAGCCGCCAUCAUCAUCGGGGCUAGAAGUUUCCAUGAGUACCACCAUGUUUUCUUUCACAGUAUCUGUGAUGUCUCCCCUUCCUGGGGGCCCACCAGGGCCCCCAGCUCUCCGAGUGCAGACAUGGGAAGGCUGAAGCUGUGCACCUCCUAUGUGAACAUGCUGAAGGCCCUGUUCAUAAGUAUCAAUGCCAUGCUGUUGGGGGUCUGGGCUCUACUGCUUCUGGCAUCUCUGGUCCCCCUGUGUCUGUGCUGCUGGAGAAAAUACCGACCUAAGGAGAAAAGAGACCCUCCCUUGGAAGAAACUGCUGGGAGUGAGUGAAAUUAGCCCUGCUUCUCCAGAGGACUCAUGUCUGGAGCUCCGCCGGGACUGGGUGUCCCAGCAUCUGCCUGGUGGAAGAAGAACCAGGCUGGGAAGAGAGGCUCUCCUCUGGCCCCAGUUAUCCUUCCCCCAUGGCCACAGCCACUGCCCUGCACCACCAACCAUCAGAGCUGCUCUGGUCCAUUUCCUGCUCACCUUCACCAUCCUGCCUGCUUCAUGUCCCCUCUUGAGCAAUGAUGAUAAUAAACUCUCGUGCUGUUGCUCCCA